UCUUGCUAAUCACAACAGAAUUCACACACUCCAAGAUUGGAUCUCAAAACCAUUCCAAUUCUCUCAACUUUUAUCAAGAACACAAAAACUUCAAUUCCAAGAUUCAUCACCAAUUCUUGAUGAAUCUUCAAAAUUCUUUUUGCAUUGAACUCCAUUCACCUUCAUCCAGAUCUGUUUUGGUAGUUUGAGGAGAAAGAAGCCUUGAAUCUCGACUGUUCCAAGAAGCAUCUUCCAUGGUGAAUCGCGGAUUCGUGCGCUAGGAGUGGAAUUGAUGGAACCUGAGCAUGGCAUUCGAUUUACUGAAGUUUGUUUCGCACCUGUUUGAAGGAAAAAACACACGAAGGACACCGAUUGCAGCACUGCCAUCGCCGGUAUGUCGAAAAUUCGAAUCUCCUGUUUUGUUCGAUUGAUAGGUGCUUUGUGUAGUGCGUUUCAUGUAGAAUCCAAUGGUGCUUGUGGUUUAUAGAAUGGUGAAUCGUAGGUUACGAAAUCGAGAUUUAAAAUUUCGAACUAGAACCCUAAGUGAGUCGAUCCGUGCGAUUUAGGAACUUUUAGGUUGUAAUAAUGUGAUAUUCGUGUUGUGCUCGAUGAGACGGUUCCAACGGAUCCUUGUUUGCUAAUUUCCAUUGAGUUUUGAUGUUCAUCAUGAUUUUGCAAUUUCUGGAAAUUUUUCAAUGAAAACGAUGCUGAAAGUGAUGCUAGAUCCGUUUUUCUAUUUGAAUUUUUGAAACUUGUGUUUCCCGCCAGCGCCAAUUAAUUACUCAUAAUUUUCUGAUAUUUCAUUUUAAUUCUUAAAAAAUAUUUAACACUUUAAAAAAUUCAUGAAAAAUAGUAAAAAAAAUCAGAAAAAUAUGAAAAAAAUUGUGUUGACUUUGUCUUUGAGUGUAGGAUUUUUUUGACCUAUUGGUCAAAGUUGUGCUUGGUAGGAUUUUCAAUUGACCUAGGGUUUUCCAUUGUAUGUCCAUUUUUGACACAUGUUUGUAAUUUGAUCAUGAAAUACUCAUAUCAUAAAAUAAAUGGCUGAAAAUUUUUGUAGUGGUUCUUGACUCAUUGAGGAUUAUUUAUAUGUAAAUUUCAUGAAUUUUCGAUACCUGGUUAGAGAGCAGCAAAUUCUGGAACUUAGGUGUGACAAUUUGUGUCACACCUCUUGAUGUCAACUUGUUGAAUUUAAUUGGAUGACCUAUGCAUGUUGGAAUUGGCUGAAAUUUUGCAUGAUGACUUGUUGAUAUGUUAGGAUGUUGUAUGAAUUUUUGUAGAAUUUUUCACUGCCUUUUCAAUUUAAUCUUGAUUUUUCAUUUCUGGUGAUUAAAUUUGCAAGUCCAUGUGACAUAGGUUGGUAGAUUGAUUGGGAAAUCCUCAUAUUGUAUUGUAUGGCCAUGAAAUUUGAUAUGCAUGAACUAGACACAUUGUGUGACCUCCCUGUUUUGGUCUCAUCCAUUUCUUUUUAGUUUCCAAUGAGAUAUGAAUUUUUGAAGUGGAUGUAUGCAUUGAUGGUGUGAAUUGAAGCAUGAAAUUGUGUCUGUUUUUGUUGAUUUUCAUUGACAUGGUUCCAUUUGCCCAAUUGAGCUCAAAUUUGACAUGGUAGACCUUGAUUGACCCCUGCUUAGGUGUAUUUAAUUUGAGAAUUUUUUGAUGUGUUUUGGUAUGGAUUUGAAUGCAAUACUUCUGUUUGUAUGCUUGGUGGUUCAUUUGACCUCAUAUGGAUUGUUUUGUGCAUGAAUUGAACAUGAUGGAUGAUAUAAACAUGAGACCAAUGAUGUUUGAUCUUGUUUGAUGUUAAUUUGAUGUUGGAUGGUGGAUACCUUGCUGUUUUGAGUUUUUUCUUGCUUUUGGACCCUAGGCUUGGCCUAGUGGUCUAGUUACUAAUAUUUGCUUGGUUUUUCAGGAUCAAAAGCAUAAUGUACAUGGAGAAUGAUACAAGUUGAUUUUAAUUGAUGUUGUGGAUGUUUGUGCACUAACAUAACAUUGUUUUGUAGGUGUUGGAGCUUGGGCUUAAGCCUUGAGCUUGCUUUGUGUUGUAUUGUUUAAACUGUUUGUUUGCUGUAUAGUUUGUCUGAUUGAGUACUGACUGAGUUUGAUUGUUUCCAGGUACUUUAGUUGCUCAGUUCCUUGUGAACUAUUGCUUUGCUUUGCUUUGCAUAAGCAACUUGCAUUGAGGGAUCAUUGCUCGUGCUCGUAGAGUCAUCCCUUUGCACUCAACCCGACCUCACAGAUAUUACACCAGGCGCAAUACUCCCAGACUGAUGGAUCCUCCCAACGCUGACAUCCUCGAACUGAAAGAGAAGAUGGGAGAGCUGAUCAAUGUCAUGCAAGAGUUCGCCUUGGGGCAGAAAGUAAUUGCCGAAAAGGUGAGGAGGAUUGAAGACUAGCUGAAGAUGGGGAACAUGCAAGGAAACGCUUCGUUGUCUGGACCGAAGAAAUUCUUUGGUAAUGACCAGUGCAAGGAUGAGGGUGGAUCGAGUGCUGGGUACGCCCAGAGAGGACACGGUAGGGGUCGUUACUACCAGCACACCGCUGCGGUAACUAUUCCUGCUGGCAAUCAGCCUACACAGCAGCAACAGCAACGUCAGCCACCGCAAUCGAGAGCCGGGUACCAGGUGAAAGGGAAAGGAGUUGAUCGUCAUUUUGACAGGCCGCCUGUGACAUAUUCUUGCUUAUUGAAGAAGUUGAAAGAUAUGGGGCUGGUACAGUUGAGGACUUUGGCACCUAUGGGACCUGAUCAAAGGCCAGCCAAUUUUGAUGAAAAUGUCAAAUGUGAAUUCCAUUCGGGUGCUCCCGGGCACAGUGUAGAGGACUGCAAAGCUUUUAAGCACGUAGUCCAAGACCUGGUGGAUUCCAAGGCCCUCAAUUUUACAUUGUCAUUGAAUGCUGAUGCCAAUCCCAUGCCGGCGCAUGGACAGGCGAUGGUGGGUGCAAUUGCUGAAAAUUCAGAUCGCGCCUGUGCGGUAGGUGGAGAGACUAACAGUGACUGCAAGUUCAGUGGUUGGAUAAAGCCGUGCGUACCAGGAAGCUGAAAGGCUUAACAGAUCAUCACGGUCGCUCAUCCUGAAGAGUAAUAUUUUUCUUGUUUUCCAUUUUAUUUGCAUGAAAGCCAUACG